AUGAUUGUGGCCAAAUCCUUGGAGCAAUCACUAACCGAUGAGUUCCAAAUGCCCAUUGUAACCUGGGGAUUGAGGCGAAAUAUCAGCCUGCGUCACCUUUUGGGCUACAAUACUCUGGUGUAUGUUAGUAUUUCGAGUGUUUUUCCCUCAGAGGAGCCCAUUUUUAAUGUCCUUAUGGACGGUUUGGCUGGCCAGCACUAUGUACCGAUGCUUUUUAUCUACAAACGCUUGGAGAACAGGCCACCAACAACGAAUGAAUUGAAAAUAUUCUUUUCCUGGUGCUGGCGCAAUAGUUUUACCAAUGUCGUGUUGACAUUCCGCUAUAUGAUAUUUACUGAUAUACCCGGAUUUGUAAGUAUCAAGUGGCACAACGAACUAUUCACGUACACUCCAUUUCCGGAACUAACGCUGCUAAAUCUCAACGAAACGGGUUAUCAGAAAAUGAAUAUAUUGAUGGAUCUAAGGGGCUAUGAGUUUAGGGUGCCGAUUUUUCAAGAUCCACCGCUUGCUUUUCAGCUACCAAAUGGGCACAUAUCCGGAGUCCUGGGCCUCAUGUUCCAUGCCUAUGUACGGCAUAGAAGGGGUCGUAUCCGCCUGGAACCCCUGACCGAUGUGGAUAGGUACAACUACCCGGAGCACUUGAUGCUGACCGCUGCCCGCGGUGAGAUUGAGAUGGGCGUGCAUCCAUAUGCACCGCCAAUACAGCCGGGAUCCUCGCUAACAGCCGGCAGCUUUCCUCUGGCACCGACGCGCACCUGUGUCCUGGUCCCUUGGCAGCGUAAAUCGCCUUCGGCACAAUUCAUGAGCAGGACCAUCUUUAUAAACGGAAGCUUCUUCUUGAUACUCCUUCUGGCCUCGACCCUGGCCUGGCAGCUGGUGCGUGCCGAUGGGCGGCAGGGUAUUCAGCUCAUCCUGGUGGUCUUUUUCCAACAACCGCUGCCGGGCAGAGAAUUUCAACGUCUGGCGGAUUCAUACAAGUUCAUCCACAUGGCCGUUAUCCUGGCCUCCUUUGUCCUCUGGUCACUGCGCACUGGGAAUCUGUCGUCCGUAUUUACCUCUCAGAUGCCAGGGUCACAGAUUGAGACGGCCAAGGACUUUCUGGAGACGCCGCUGCGUCUUAUGCUCACGGAAACGGAAAUGCAAAUGUACUUUACAGAAGGACGGCUGCCAUCGGUGCUGAAACCGCGCCUCCUGGUGGUCAACAGGACAACGCUGAAGGAGCACCUGGACCGGUUGAAUACGAGCUAUGCCUACUGCAGCACAACGCAGCACUGGACUGUGGUAAAGUUGCAACAGCGUCGCAUGCACCGGCCACUUUUUCGGCUGGCCACCAAGCUCUGCACCUCCUACCAGAUGCUACGCUUUCCGAUCCAAUGGAACUCCCCCUUCGAACGCAACUUGUAUAAAUUUAAUGUCCAAUCGCGACAGUUUGGGUUUUGGAACCACUGGAUUACUCGGGGCCAUCAGGAUGCGAUCCGUACAGGUUUGGUGGUGCAGCUGACAGACGAAUAUCAGCCGUUUAUUAGCCUCACUCUCAAGGACUUUGAGUCGCUGAUCAUGCUUUGUUCUUUGUCCUUGCUGGGCAGCUUUGUGUGUCUGUUGGGGGAAAUGUUUUGGAGUUAA